AUGGGGGCACUGCUGGGAGUGGACCUGGCAGCGAUGCUCACGCAGCACAAUGCUCACACGGGGUGUCCACCAGAGUGUUUGGCAGUAACAACAACAGUGACCUUCCCGGAGGGGCUUUCUCCCUGCCAGGCUCAGCACCCAUGUCUGGGGGCGUCACACACUGACUGUGUUAGUGGCUCUCUUCUUCUGUCCCAUCCCUAUCUUCCUUUCUUGCAGAGCGACUACUCGAGUGACACAGAGAGUGAGGACAACUUCCUCAUGAUGCCCCCAAGGGACCACCUGGGCCUCAGCGUCUUCUCCAUGCUCUGCUGCUUCUGGCCUUUGGGUAUUGCAGCCUUUUACUUGUCCCACGAGACUAACAAAGCUGUGGCCAAGGGCGACUUCCACCAGGCCAGCACUAGCUCCCGGCGGGCCCUAUUCCUGGCUGUACUAUCCAUCACUAUAGGAACUGGCAUCUACGUGGGCGUGGCUGUGGCCCUCAUCGCCUACCUCUCCAAGAACAACCACCUAUGAGCUUCAUCCAGGCACAUAGGGGAAAUACCUGGGGCCAGUUGUGUGCAGAUGCACAGAAGGCAGGGCUGGCAAGGGGUGGACACACAGGUAGACACACCUGUGUGAUGCUGUACACUAUAAAUUAUUGCCAAACAACUCCAUAAAGCCCUGGGAUUUUCUACCCAUGGAUUUGUUUUGUUUUUACCCUUUAAUUUCAUUUUCACAGCACUGUGUAGAGCACGAGGCACAUGGCACUGCUGAUCCUUCCAAAGGGAAGCUCCAAAGAUCCUGACAUGAAAGGCUGUCUAUGGAUGGAUUCUGGUGGAUUCAUGACAGUGCUGCUCUCUGCAGCCUGCCAGUGCCUGGAAUGCCAUAGCAUUAGCAAUACACAAACAGUUCAAAUGUGUUUAUUUUUUAUGGAAUAUGGUGCAAUAGGCAGAGGGCAGAGGACACAUUACUUCUGUCUGUGGCCCUGCUUGACUCCUCCAGCAUUUUCCCCAUCCACGGUCCUUCCCUGCAGGAAGCAGAUGGGGCUGGCAGGAAGAGAGACAGAAGUACUGGCAGGCCCCCCAGCUGCCACUGGUCUUCAGACGGGUCUAGCCCUGAGAAUGCAAAUCCAGAUCACAUGGGGUCUGUCCCCAGGCCCAGUGGACACUCCCUCUGUGCUGCCCCCAGCCUAGGAACAUCAGGCCUCCUUUGGAACAUGUCCAAACUCAGUAGCCACCACGCAGCAAUAUGCAGUCUUGGGACCUCAUUGAUCUAGCGGGGGGGUUGUGGGGGGCAGGCCGCAGCCCCUCCCGAGACCCCUCCCGGAAAGACUCCAAGGUUUGCUCCAGGAACUGGAGACAAAGGAGCUGUGGACACCGUCUCAGCAUAAAGAUGCCUGUGUUGACACUCACCUUGGCGAUGAGCAGUGACACCAGUGAUCUUUAAAAGGAAAUGAACCUUCCCUGUCGACUAAAUGAAUAGCUAUUUUCUUGUCAUUUUUUUAAGUGCAACUACUGCUUCAUGCUGCUUAAGUUAUCCGACGAAUGCUGAGAAAUAAGUAAUCAGACAUUUUAAUACCA